UUUUUGAGGGGUACGAUUAGAAUAGAAGUUAAAAAUUGAAGGAAACCUUAUUUUCUUCCAUUAAAAUGGAUCCGAGAUUAAGUUGAAGGAAUGAUAAAUAUGAAAAUACGGGCCUCUGUUCGUAAAAUUUGUGAAAAAUGUAGAUUGAUCCGUAGACGAGGUAGAAUUCUAGUAAUUUGUUCCAAUCCAAGACAUAAACAAAGACAAGGAUAAGGAUAAUAUUUCCACAAAAGCCACAAGAGAGGGCUUUGAAUUAUAAAGGACUGGGUGCGCAAAUAAAAAAAAAAAUAAAAAAAGAUAUAGAUAUUGAAAUUCAAACUUUUUUUUACAUGAAAACUUAGAAAUUAUAUAAUAUUCUCUAUUAUAUAUGAUAUGAUUUUAUAGUAAUAUUGAUUAUAUAUUAAUAUUUUUGAAUAUGUGAAAAUUUCAAAUUAUUGAAUGAAUAUAGAAAUUCUAUUUCGAAUAUUUCGAAAUUUUCUUAUAUAUAUAAUAUAUAUCAAUGAUUAUAUAUAUAUAGAUUAGAACUAUUCUAAUAGAAUACAAUAUAAAAAAGAGAUAUUAGAUAGAGAGAUUUUGGGGAUCUAAAAUUGGAAAUUCUAUUUUUGUUAGUUGUAUAUUAACACAAAUAGAAUGCCAAUUUUGAGAAUAUUAAUUCUAGUUUCUAAUUAAAAAAAAGAAAUAUAGUAAAACAUCUGUUUUUUUGACAUGAAAUGAAUAUAUCCAUACAUCUCAGACUUCCUUUUAGGUUAUGAGAUAAUAAUUAUGAAAUAAUAAAAAGAUAAUAAGAUAUGGCAAAACCUAUACCCAAAAUUGGUUCGCGUAAAAAUGGACGUAUUGGUUCACGUAAACAUGCUCGUAAAAUACCAAAGGGCGUUAUUCAUGUUCAAGCUAGUUUCAACAAUACCAUUGUCACUGUUACCGAUGUACGGGGUCGGGUAAUUUCGUGGUCCUCCGCAGGUACUUGUGGAUUCAAAGGUACGCGAAGGGGAACACCAUUUGCCGCCCAAACCGCAGCAGGAAAUGUUAUUCGAACAGUAGCGAAUCAAGGCAUGCAACGAGCAGAAGUCAUGAUAAAGGGUCCCGGUCUUGGAAGAGAUGCGGUAUUAAGAGCUAUUCGUAGAAGUGGUAUACUCUUAAAUUUUAUACGGGAUGUAACCCCUAUGCCACAUAAUGGGUGUAGGUCCCCUAAAAAACGACGUGUGUAAUGUAAAACAAAAGAUAAAAAUAGAAAACAUAGAAUAAAUUUCAAGACAAGAGAAAUAAACAAUUCAAGGAUUUGAAAAAAGAA